AUGGCUUCCUCUUCCGCUGCUCGGCCUGACUCUGCUAUUUUCACUAAUUAUGUCAAUGUCCCUCUUUCCAUUGACAAGUUAGAUGGCACCAAUUAUGAUACUUGGGCUUCGGAUAUCAAGCUCUGGCUUAAGGGACAGGAUUAUGUUACUCACCUUACCCAGACAGCUGCUUCUAUUGAUGAGAAGGAUCGUCCUCGUUGGUUGAAAAUUGACGCUCAAAUUUGUAGUGUCCUUAAGUCGACCAUUCAUCCCUCCUUAAAGCAAAUUUUUCGUGCCCAUGAGACAUGUGUUGAUUUAUGGGAACAAGCCCGAGUGUUAUACACCAAUGAUACUCAACGUCUCUAUGGUGUGUGUCAACAUCUCCAGAAUAUCAUCUCUCCCCGACGCCUUGAUGGUUCCAUGGCUGAGUAUUUGGGCAAAGUUCAUGGCCUCCUACAUGACUUCAAUGAACUUUUGCCUCCUGCUGACACUCCUGCCAAGGAACUAGAGCAACGCCAAACAUUCUUUAUGUUGAUGGCACUGUAUGGGCUUCCUGAUGAGUACUCUUCCAUUCGUGAUCAGAUUUUGGGAUCUCCGACCGUGCCUACCUUGAACUCGGCUUGGUCCACUCUGUUGCGUGUGCCCUGCAAGUCUUCCCCUGACAUCUCUUCUUCCGCUACCACUGGCGACUCCUCUGCUUUGGUGUCUCAACGUGAUGAUCGUCAGCGUUCUCGCAAACCGGGCAAAGGUCGUCCUAAGUGUGAUCACUGUCACAAACUGGGUCACACAAUUGACCGUUGCUAUGUCUUACAUGGUCGUCCCCCUCGCCCUGCUAGUGCCGUUGCCCACACUGCGUCUCCUGUCUCGACUGCAUCUGGUGCUACCCCCUCUGCCAGUUCUGGCUCUGGGCCCCCAGCUCUCUUCAAUGACUUCCUUACAUGGUAUGAAGAACGUCAAGCUUCCAAUUCCACUGCUUCUGUUGCGCACACAGGUCCUUCGUUUGUUGGUCUCACUCACUCCACCUCUCUUGGCCCUUGGGUCCUAGAUUCUGGUGCUACCGAUCAUAUUUCUGGUAAUCGGUCUCUUUUCUCAUCUCUUUCUACCUCUGCUUAUUUACCCUCUAUCACUAUGGCUAAUGGUUCUCGCGCCACAUCUCAUGGUGUUGGUACUGUCCAUCUUUCUCCUUCUCUCUCCAUUGACAAUGUCCUUUAUGUCCCAGAGUCUCCCUUUAAUUUAUUAUCCCUUAGUCGUCUUACUCGUUCUCUUGAUUGCCUUAUUUCUUUUACUAAAGAUUCUGUUUUCUUACAGGACCGGAGUUCGGGACGGAUGAUUGGCACCGGAUGUGAGUCUCAUGGCCUUUAUCACCUACGCACCUCUGCUCCUGUUGGUUUGGUGGCGGAUUCCCCUACCCUCAUCCAUGCUCAAUUAGGUCAUCCUAGCCUUGCCAAGCUUCAACACCUUGUACCACGUCUGUCUAAGUUGUCUCAGUUGUCGUUGCUAACUGCUUUCUCCAUAUCUACCAUCUUUACCUCCCAUUCAAUGCUUAAUUUCGGUUAA